GAUCAUAAUUUGAGAAUCGACACCGGUCAUAUCAACAGCCUGCAGCCUCCUCAAGACUGUAGACAUUUUAACAUAUUAGAGCCACUACUGAUUGGUAAGCAGGCGAGUGGACUCUCAAUGCCAGGACGUGCGGACACGAAUCGAGCCCGGUUUCUGCUGAGAAAUAAGCUCACCACCAAGUUUUCUCCCAACUUUUCUGUCGGUAAAUAUCUCGGCAGAAAGAUGCCCAACAUUAAGGUCUUCAGCGGCUCGUCUCAUCCCGACUUGGCUCAGAAAGUGGUCGACCGUUUGGGCAUUGAACUUGGCAGAGUCGUGGCAAAAAAGUUUUCAAAUCUCGAAACCAAUGUGGAAAUUGGAGAGUCUGUCCGAGGGGAAGAUGUCUACAUUGUCCAAAGUGGUUCGGGAGAAAUAAAUGACAACCUGAUGGAACUACUUAUCAUGAUCAAUGCUUGCAAAAUAGCAUCAGCUUCUAGAGUCACAGCAGUUAUACCAUGUUUCCCGUAUGCCAGACAGGACAAAAAAGACAAGGGAGUGCAACACACGAGUCGAGCCCCCAUCUCAGCCAAGCUGGUGGCUAACAUGUUAAGUGUAGCUGGAGCAGAUCAUAUCAUUACAAUGGAUUUACAUGCGUCUCAAAUUCAAGGAUUCUUUGAUAUCCCCGUUGAUAAUCUCUAUGCCGAACCUGCCGUUUUGAAGUGGAUCAAAGAGAACAUUCCCGAGUGGCGGAACUGUAUUAUAGUCUCGCCAGAUGCGGGCGGUGCUAAAAGGGUUACAUCGAUUGCUGAUCGACUCAAUGUUGAUUUUGCCUUGAUUCACAAAGAGAGAAAGAAAGCUAAUGAAGUAGCAGCUAUGGUACUUGUCGGCGAUGUCAAGGAUCGUGUUGCCAUAUUAGUAGACGAUAUGGCUGACACUUGUGGCACAAUCUGCCACGCCGCAGACAAGUUGCUUGAAGCAGGUGCUACGAAAGUAUAUGCCAUUUUAACACAUGGCAUUUUCUCAGGCCCUGCCAUAUCUCGCAUCAAUAACGCCUGUUUCGAGGCGGUAGUGGUCACUAAUUCUAUACCUCAAGAUAGACACAUGAAAGAGUGCUCCAAAAUACAGGUGAUAGACGUCUCGAUGAUGUUUGCAGAGGCCGUACGACGCACUCACAAUGGCGAAUCAGUGUCCUACCUGUUCUCCAACGUCCCAUACUAAAACAAAAUAGUACAAUUAGCACACCGAACUUGAAUCAUUACAUGAUUUUUCGCUGUGGCCACCCUCGCUGGCACCACCCUCCUUUCUUCCCUUUUUGCAGUUUAGAUACAUUCCACACAUUCAAUCAUA